GACCUCCAGGCGAUCCCGGACCUAAAGGCGACAAGGGUGAUAAAGGCGGGCCAGGACCCCCCGGAUCACAAGGUGACCGCGGAGUGAAGGGUCAACCGGGCGUUGACGGUCCUAAAGGACCCCGUGGGCCGCCGGGGCCCCCGGGGCCUCCUGGAAAAGUUGUUUUAAAUUUCACUGGACCUGAUAUUGGGCCACUGGAGGGUAGGGUGGUUCCGGGUGGCUCUAAAGGACCUAAUGCUGGAUUCAUUACAGUGAAAGGAGAACCAGGAGAGCCGGGGUCUCGUGGAGUAGCGGGAACUCCGGGUUACCGUGGGCCAGACGGCACGCCAGGGGAGAAAGGACAAAUGGGGCCUGAAGGAGAGAGAGGAAUAUCGGGCGCACCUGGUUUACCAGGCCCUCCAGGUUUGCAGGGAAGAAGUGGAGAGGAUGGUGCUCCUGGUCCCACGGGUGAGCCUGGUGAGAAUGGUGUCCAAGGAGAACCGGGACCUGUUGGGAACCCAGGUCCCAUUGGUUUAUCUGGUAUCAAAGGCGAUAGGGGAGAACAAGGUGAACCAGGAGAAGUAGGAGAUCAGGGUAAAUUUGGACAAACGGGAUUUGAUGGAAAACCUGGUCGAAAUGGCGUCAAUGGGAGGAAGGGAGAACAGGGACUCUCGGGUCCGCUUGGGGUUCCGGGACUCAGAGGUUCACCUGGUCAACAAGGUCUACCGGGCGGGCCAGGACCAGAAGGACCAGCGGGUGCCCCCGGAGAAAUAGGUGAACCAGGAAAUGCUGGAGCUCCUGGACUGAAAGGCGACAGAGGGCAACCUGGGUUACGUGGGAAACGCGGUUCAAACGGGGAAACUGGGCCCAGUGGACCAACUGGACAGAAAGGAGACUCGGGUGAAAAAGGUCGACGUGGCCAAACGGGACAACCUGGUGCCAAAGGAGCGACGGGUCUCGUCGGCAACAUGGGCCUCAGAGGAGAACAAGGGAAGGAGGGCGCUCCGGGAAUCGAUGGUCAACCAGGCUCGGAGGGAGGAAGAGGAGAGAGGGGCCCCCCAGGAACAGCAGGACCAAGAGGAAGACUAGGAGCGAAAGGAAAUCGGGGUCCUUCAGGGCAGAUUGGAGCCCCUGGUCCAAUUGGCUCGCGUGGAAAAAAGGGUUCUAGAGGACGACGAGGAGCAAGAGGCCUUCCUGGUGAGAUGGGCCCAGAGGGACUUCAAGGUGAAGUUGGUUACCAUGGAGCUUUUGGUCUGGCAGGGAAAAAGGGCAACGCUGGAUUACCAGGGAUAGACGGAAUUCCUGGAACCAAAGGAGAUCAGGGAUCUCCUGGAGUGGCUGGAAAUCCUGGGAGCCCUGGAAUGAGGGGGAUUGGUGGACAGAGAGGAAGAGCAGGGAAUCCGGGGGCGAUUGGAUCAAAGGGCUUACCAGGGGAGGAUGGCACUCCGGGAAGAACAGGAGAUACCGGUCUACCAGGCAUUAAUGGCUCACCUGGCCUUCGAGGAGCAAAGGGAACAAUGGGCCAACAAGGUAAAGAUGGAUCGUCAGGCCGUGCGGGAUCGAGAGGACCAAAGGGUGAUAAUGGUGCUAAAGGCUCGACUGGGACACCCGGAAGAACAGGAAGAGCUGGGCGUCGUGGUGAACGAGGCACGAUGGGUCUCCGAGGUUUACAAGGACCUGUGGGAGUAGCCGGAGUUCCUGGCCCUAUGGGCAACACUGGACGUCCCGGUCUCCGGGGACGAACAGGAGAACGUGGAAAGGACGGUAAAAUUGGUCAGCUGGGUGACCGUGGUCCAGUUGGUAAACCUGGGCUGCCUGGACCCCAGGGCCCACCUGGAAAAGUUGGCAAAGCUGGAAGUAAUGGCGAAGAUGGAGCUCCGGGCGGGGCAGGACAACGUGGAUCUCGAGGUCGAAAUGGAAAUUCAGGCUCACCUGGUUGGCCGGGGUUACUUGGGUUUCCUGGAAAAAGAGGAUCGAAAGGAGAAAAGGGAAUUGCGGGGAAUCCUGGCUUGCCUGGUGAUGAUGGUCAGUCUGGUGCCCCGGGAGAGGACGGAAGACCUGGAUCACUUGGAAUGCCAGGUCCACGUGGAGCAAAAGGGAAUGAUGGUGUAAACGGAAUACCAGGUCGAAGUGGAAAGAGAGGUUCAGAGGGCUUGAAAGGCCCACCAGGAACGCCAGGAAUUCCGGGAUUGAUGGGAGGACCUGGUCCCUUAGGACCACAAGGUCCUGCGGGACAAAAAGGAGGACUUGGAGAUAAGGGAGGGAAAGGCGAAAUUGGAGACCUGGGAACCAAAGGAGCAGCUGGAGAAUUGGGUUCCAUCGGGUCUGAAGGCGAACCUGGUAAUGAAGGACGUCCUGGAGCUGUAGGUUUAAGAGGUACACCAGGCAAUCCAGGCCGUCCAGGUCCUCAUGGAAGAGAGGGUCCUGCAGGUAGACCAGGAAAAGAUGGUAGACCGGGCAUUCCUGGCACAAAGGGUGCCCAGGGACCUCCUGGACGAGCAGGAAAACCUGGACUGCCAGGGCUUCAGGGUAUAUUUGGAACAAGUGGCGAGAAUGGUUUAUCAGGCAAACAAGGACAGAUGGGACAAAUUGGACCACCUGGAGAACCUGGACCAAAGGGACACCAAGGAAGGGAGGGAAUACCCGGUUUCGCAGGACGUCCCGGAUCGCCAGGAGCAGAUGGAGAAGUGGGAGAUCGUGGGACUGAUGGUAUACCCGGAGCACUUGGUGAGCCUGGAUUUCUGGGAUUUCCUGGGCCAGCCGGGGACGAAGGAUCCCCUGGUAUCGAUGGACAACCUGGGAUCCGUGGACAAGACGGUGAGCCGGGACAAGAUGGAGAGCCUGGAGAAAAAGGAGACGAAGGGGAAAGUGGAAGACUUGGGAAGCCUGGGCAGCAAGGAAUGAUUGGUUUUAUGGGAGAGUCUGGGGAGAAAGGGGAAAGAGGAGUUCAGGGAGAGACGGGAGAUAUUGGCGCGAAUGGAAGCACGGGACCGAUAGGAUUACCUGGAGCGGAGGGAAUACAUGGAGAGGCCGGCGACGAGGGAGACAGUGGAUUAGAGGGAGAGACGGGUGAUCCAGGAUUUCCAGGUUCCCUAGGAAUGCCUGGUCCGCCUGGAGAGGAAGGUGCAGUAGGCGAACCAGGGCGUAAUGCUAGUAUUGGACCACUGGGACCAAAGGGAGUUAUGGGACCUCAAGGACCACCUGGGCCACAAGGCUUCACUGGAGCCGAGGGGGUUGUCGGACCUCAAGGAGAACAUGGAAGUCCUGGUCCCAGAGGAAGAGUGGGAUCCGAAGGGCUUCAAGGACCCCCCGGACCACCUGGCCCACCAGGAGAACAGGGACUUCCUGGGAAAAUACCUCUUGGUUGGACGCACUCACAUCAGACCCAACAAAAUAAAGGUCCAGGAUUUAGACUGUACUCAACACAAGAGCAGGAAAAUGCUGGUACUACAGAGUAUUAUUUUAGGGGUCUCAGCAGUGUUAUUUAUUUCUAUAAAUCACAAAAUGGCACCAGGACACAUCCUGCGCGAUCUUGUAGGGAACUUAACCUUGAACAUCCUGAUUAUCCCAGUGGUGAGUACUGGAUAGAUCCCAACGAGGGAUGCUCCAGUGAUGCAGAAUAUGUUUACUGCGACUUUGAACGAGGAGCUUCCUGUGUUUAUCCAAAGAACAAACAGAUUACAGCCCCGGAUGCAAAACCAUUCGAGUGGAUAAGCGAAGCAACUAGCGACUUAGAACUUAUGGGUUACAGCAUGGUUCCGGUCCAAAUGAGAUUCUUGAGACUUCUAAGCAGGCGUGUGUCGCAGAAAAUUACCUAUCUUUGUUAUAACUCACGCGCCUGGGACGAUGACGGAGGUCGAACAAUUAAGCUGCAAGGUGUAAAUGAAAUGGAGCUUACGGGUAAUGACCGAACUAAGCCUGUUGUCCUAAAGAAUGGAUGCAAGGAACUAAACGAUGAGUGGCAUGAGACAAUUUUAGAGAUCAACACAGUUGAUAAGGAGGCGCUACCAAUCAUUGACAUGGCUCCGUUUGACAUAGCCAAUUCUGAAAAGAAGAAAGAGUUUUUACUAGAGCUUAGCCCUGUUUGUUUUUAUCACUGAUUCUGCAGUUAUAGAACUGGAAAAUAGACUCUUCGUUUUGGCAGAGCUUGUUCAAGACGCACAGGGUCCUGAAACGUAGAAGACUUCCAUAUGUGGUCAUAAGCUUAUACUAUUAAUGAACUCAACAAUUGAACGAAUGAAUAGAAAUCAAUUUCCAAUAUACAGAUUACAUCUACAAGUGUCCAAAUGUGUUUUAUUUAUUCAAGAAUUGAAAUAUCGAAUGGUGAAAAACUAAGUAUCUCUGAAUCCAACACACCCUUUAAAUACCGUGCAGUCUUUUAAACCUUCCAAAACACGGAAGUGCUCGAGGAGUUAAUUACCAAAUCGAUAAAUAUUACAUAAAAUCAUUUUUCGUAUUUUAAAUGCGCUGAUGUCAGCUUUAUUUAUUUAUGUCAAUAAUCUCUAUAUUCUCAAAAACAAGAAAUGUUUAUUUUGUUAAUGUUUUAUCAAUGUACGGGAUUUUGAUUUUUCAUAUCGUGCUU